UCCAUUUGAGUGCAUUGCGACUUAGGCCCUAAUGAAAGAUCUGUGUCGAAUUCAGAUAAUUUUCUAUGAAUUGCAACCCUGAUAUUUUAUGUCAAAUACGCUUUCGUUUUGGAUCGAAUCGACGAGUGUAGUUUGCUUAAUUUAUUUAUUGUUUAUUGGCUUGUUUGUCAAUAUAUUAUCCUAAACCCGGGGAAAGUUUUGGAAAAGACCUAAAUUAUGUCGGAUGAGGAAGUUAUACGCCGACGUUUACAAAUUGAUGGAGAUGGCACUGGAGAUGACCGGCGUUUAAAUGAUCUGCUAAAAACAUUUGUCAAAUGGUGCAAUUCAAUAGACAGCACAGAAAACAGUCAAGCCAUUCAUGAUCGCUUGCUAGCACAAUUGGCGCAGUGCGAAUUUGCUAUGAAAAAGUCGGAUUUUUGCGCUAAAAUGAUGCAGCAAGAACUGAAAAACUAUGCCACUAUCUCCGACACCAUUGAAACAGGCAUAGAAACUGCUAAAGCCCAAAUUAUUCAAAGCAAGCAGAAUCUGGUGCUGGCUAAGAAGAUUCGCAAGAAUAGAAUGGAAUACGAUGUGCUAGCAAAGAUAAUAAAUCAACAGCCAGAUAGAAAAAACACAAUCAGAGAACUGGACUUGCUGAAACAAGAACUGGAUCAAUUGCAGGACAAAAAGGGAUCAUUGGAGAGAAAGUUGGAAACAAAGAAAAAAGAUUUCACUGUUCUAAUGAGAUCGAUUGUGGAAUUACAAAACAAGUUGGACUCGGUUGGAGAAGACUCCCAAGAUGUGACUGAAGAUAGAAUGUCUUGCGAUGACGAACCAGUUAUAUUAACUAUUGAUGACGCGGUUAGUCCUGGUAAUGAAGAAGUAAUUAUUUCUUCUCCGGAAAAAAUAAGCUGAGGACAUAUUACUAUUGUGACUUAAACUUCUCUACAUGAUAUUUAUCGUUUAAGCAUUUCUGAAAUAAAAUUAAAGUUAAAAAAGUUUUAUUUUUAA